AUGGCUCUUGCACAUUUUGCCCGGAGUAAUUCUUUGUUCUGUGUUAAACAGACGCCGAAAUUUUCUUUGCGAGGGCUCCAACUGGCUUCAAGAGGAGACUUUGAGCCUAAAAAACCACCAGCGUUUGAUUUCCUCAGCACGGGUUAUCCACAAUGGUAUAUGUUUGAUAAUACAAAACAUCGAUUCACCGAGAACACUAAGUUUAUCUGCGUAGAAGGAAAUAUUUGUAGUGGUAAAGGACACGUUGCUCAAAAAAUUGCUAAGUAUUUUGGAAUGGACCAUCAUGCUGAUCCUACCGAUGCCGAUAUUUUUACUCUGAAAAAUUAUAAACCGACUAUUGAUGUUCGUAUGCACAAUACGAUGCUUCCAAAAGAUGCACAGUACUUUACCACAGAGAUGUUCUGGACUACGGAGAAUGUAAAAGAACAGGGAAAACCUUUAUAUUUGCAAUACCAAUAUUAUAUUAACCGCUACUUUAACUAUCUUCGAGCACUCUGUACUCUCUUUAAUACCGGCAAAGGUGCCGUCAUUGAUCGCAGCCAUUUUUCUGAUCUUGUUUUCGCCGAGGCUCUUCUUAAGUGUGGCUACAUUUCCCAAUAUGGUUAUGACUGGUUUAGUUAUUUCCAUGCUAAUACUGCUCUUAAUUUGUGGAAACCUCAUCUUAUUGUGUACGUCAAAGCCUCUACAGAUCAAAUUCGUGAAGAAAUAAAGAAGAGGGCUAUU